CGUUUCCUCCUUUUCUGUUAUUUAUUAUAUUUUUCUACGUCGCUAUAUCUUCGCGUUUAAUGGCACGCGGAUUUUGAUAAUUCAUUCUUCUUCAAUAAAGAGUUAACUUUUUCAAAAUUAUCCGCCUAAUAAUAUAUAUAAUAUCUCUUCUGGUAUAGAUAAACACAAUUACAAGUGCGCACUAUAUUACAUGUUUGGUAAGAGAGGAAGUUGAAGUUGAAGUUGAAGUUGAACAUCUUCAUUGUUGAAACUCUGAUUGCAUUUUAUACCAGUGCACGGAAUCUGCGUUUGGCAGCGAGGAAGUUGGGCUGAAUAUCCGCAGGCCUUUACCGAAUUGCAACUGAAAUUCUCAGCAUAUAGGGAAGAAUUUCUCGGCAGCAACAGUGCAGCUGUGAGCGGCAUGGAAGCUGAGAAGGUUUUGAUGGAUUACUACAUUCCCGAUUACAUACUUUUGCCCGGAAUAGAAGCAACGGUGGAUCAUGACUUACCUGCUUGUCCUAUCAUAGUGUUUAUCAAUUCUAGAAGUGGUGGGCAGCUUGGUGGUGAACUUCUGUUGACAUAUCGUACUCUUCUCAACCAAAAUCAGGUUUAUGACUUGCGAGAAUGGGCUCCUGACAAGGUGCUACACCAGCUUUACUCCAACUUGGAAAAGCAUAAGCAAAAUGGAGAUAGCUUGUCUUUGGAAAUUGAGAAAAGACUGAGAAUCAUUGUUGCAGGCGGGGAUGGAACAGCUGGCUGGCUUCUUGGAGUGGUUUCAGAUCUUAAACUAGCCCGCCCACCACCAAUUGCUACAGUACCUUUGGGAACAGGAAAUAAUCUCCCAUUUUCAUUUGGUUGGGGGAAAAAAAAUCCUGGUACAGACUGCAGUUCUGUGAAGGCCUUCUUGGAUCAAGUAAGGAAUGCAAAAGAGAUGAGAGUUGACAGCUGGCAUAUUCUUAUGCGAAUGAGGGCUCCUACUGAAGGUUCUUGUGACCCUAUUGCCCCUCUUGAGCUUCCACAUUCAAUGCAUGCGUUUAAGCGGGUGUCUCAAACAGAUGCUUUAAAUGAGGAUGGUUACCACACAUUUCGAGGAGGAUUCUGGAACUACUUCAGUAUGGGGAUGGAUGCACAAGUUUCUUAUGCAUUUCACAGAGAGAGAAAGCUACAUCCAGAAAAAUUCAAAAACCAAUUAGUUAAUCAGACUACCUAUGCAAAGCUUGGCUGUACUCAAGGAUGGUUUUGGGCUUCUCUUACACAUCCAUCUUCAAAAAACAUUGCACAGCUGGCUAAGGUUAAAAUUAUGAAAGCAACAGGUGAAUGGAUUGAACUCGAAAUACCUAAAAGCAUCAGGUCUAUUGUCUGCCUCAACCUCCCCAGCUUUUCUGGUGGACUCAAUCCUUGGGGAACUCCCAAUAAGAAAAAGCUCCAUGAGAGGGACUUGACUCCUCCCUAUGUUGAUGAUGGUCUGAUUGAGGUUGUUGGCUUUCGGGAUGCUUGGCAUGGCCUUGUUUUGCUUGCUCCAAAAGGGCAUGGGAGACGUCUUGCCCAAGCACACAGAGUCCGGUUUGAGUUCCACAAAGGUGCUACUGACCAUACGUUCAUGAGGAUUGACGGCGAACCAUGGAAACAGCCCCUUCCUCUAGACUCAGACACGGUUGUUGUGGAAAUUUCUCAUUUUGGGCAUGCCAACAUGCUUGCUGCUCCCAACUGCCGAUCUAGAAGUGUUCAUGCUCCACACCACACUGUAGAUGAUGAUGGUGAUGAUGAUGAUUAUGACAGUGAUGAAGAGGAUGAUUUUGAGUCGUCUGAAGAGCGGAGGAAGUUCGGUGCGGCCAACACUUUUCACUAUUCGGAUAAAUUUGAUGAUGCACAAAACUAAGCUGUCUGGGACCGCUACUGUACUAUACAACCCCACUGGCCCACUGUAUAUAGCAUGGUUUCUCAUUCUUUUUCACUCGAUCUCUUGGAUUGAUUCCUUUAUUCCUUUUGGCCGCGCAUCGGAGAAGCAAGAUAGAACUGUAACUUUAAUUUGCCACGAUAUGCGGUACGGUUAGGCUCCGUAGGUAGUUAGUAGUACCCAUGUUUAGUCUAGUCACUGAAACCUUAUGUGUAUGACUAAACACUGAAACCUUAUGUGUAUAAACUGACAUGUACUUUCAAAUUGUACUCCACACACUAAAUCUUAAUAUAAACACUUGUAUUGAUAUCCAUAUAAAAAAUAAUAAUAAUAAAAAAAAAUGAUCAGCAUCCGUCACCUCAAGUAAAAUUUAGUAAAAGUACAUAUUUCUAAAUAAAAUUCUGCAUCCCACUGUAUAUUGUAGAAAACAAUGUGCGUCCCAAAUCAAUGGGUGAAACCAGCUGUUUUAUACACACUGAUUAUUUCCUUUCCUUUCCUACUUAAAGAGGCUGCUGCCCCAUCCUGCCUCUCUCAUCAAACCAAACCUUGGAAAAGUUGUUCAUCGGAUACGACUCUAAUCAUUACUCUGAAAUUUGAUUUACAUCACUCACUCGGAAAGGAGAAGAAGAGGAAGAAUGAGUUCAGGAAGCAGAGCGUGGAUUGUGGCGGCUAGCAUGGGAGCUGUGGAGGCCUUGAAAGACCAAGGCUUCGCAAGGUGGAAUUACGCUUUGAGGAUGAUCCAACAACACGCCAAAUCCAACGCCGUCAGGUCCUACUCCCAGGCUACGAGGCUGUCUUCUCCCUCCUCCGCGUUGGUCUCCAGCAAGAUGAGGGAAGAGAAAUUGAAGAAGUCGGAGGAGUGUUUGAGAAGUGUCAUGUAUUUGAGCUGUUGGGGACCUAAUUAAUAAUUGAUCUGUGUUGGGUCCCUGUAUAGAUAUGUGUAAUUAGAGAUGAAUCAUAUGAAUUAAUAUAGUGAUUCUUCUUCAACUCAGCU